CUGCCAAAGCACGGCGCGGCGCGACCAUUUCCGAGGUCAUAGACUCGUCCGACCUGAACGCGUGCCACAGUGCCACAGACGCGUUCUUUUCUUGCCUUCGAACCAUGGCUUCACAAAUCCUCCCUCUAGAGCUCAUUGAUAGAUGUAUCGGUUCACGAAUUUGGGUGAUCAUGAAGAGCGAUCGCGAGUUCACCGGGACUCUGCUGGGUUUUGAUGACUUCGUUAAUAUGGUCCUUGAAGAUGUGAUAGAGUACGAAACAACGCCGCAAGGCAAGAAGAAGACAAAACUUGCCCAGACACUGCUCAAUGGGAACAAUAUCUGUAUGCUUAUACCGGGUAGCAAUGGACCAGAGGACGUAUAGCGAGAUGCUGAAGGCAUGUGAGCAGGGAAUGCCGCAUCGUAUCUGCAAUUAACCACUGUUGUUGGUGUUGUUGGCCAAUUCUCCAGGAAGAUAUUGGCUUGGCUUGUGUGCUGUGCUACUGUUGAGCUUGUGCUGCCGGACACGACCUGUGAAUCAGGCUGGAGGCCAAGCUCUGUGUUACUUUCUCUAGCCUAACACUUCGUGAUCUCUUUUUCUCUGUCUCAUGUAUGAUUUUUCUUGCAAUCCAAUCGCUCAUGAAAACUUCUGGCAUACUC